AUGUCCUUCUCUACUUGGCAGAAAGGAAAAGGUAAGCUGGGUCACCUGGACCUGGAGGGGGCGCUGACUGCCAGAGACAGAGUCGGCAUCCAGGACUUCGUGCUGCUGGACGCCCACAACAGUGAAACAGCCUUCCUGGACAAUCUGAAGAAGCGCUUCUCAGAGGACCUGAUAUAUACCUAUAUUGGGACCCUUCUGAUCUCAGUCAACCCCUACAAAGAGCUGGAUAUCUACAACAAGAAACACAUGGACCUUUACAUGGGGGUCAAUUUCUAUGAGCUUCCACCUCACAUUUAUGCACUGGCUGAUAAUGCCUACCACACCAUGCUAACAGAGGGUAACAACCACUUCAUCCUGAUCUCUGGAGAGAGCGGGGCGGGGAAAACCGAGGCCUCUAAGAAGAUCCUGCAGUAUUACGCUGUUAGCUGCCCCAGCAGCGCCCUGCUGGACACCGUCCGAGACCGCAUGCUCAUGUCCAACCCUGUCCUGGAGGCCUUUGGAAAUGCCAAAACACUGAAGAAUGACAACUCCAGCCGCUUCGGAAAGUACAUGGACAUCCAGUUUGACAGACAGGGAGAUGCUGUUGGGGGCCACAUCCUCAGCUAUCUGCUGGAGAAGUCCCGGGUGGUCCAUCAGAACCAUGGCGAGAGGAACUUUCACAUCUUCUAUCAGCUGGUGGAGGGAGGAGAGGAGGACCUGCUGAGGCAGCUGGGCCUGGAGAGAGACACGCAGCACUAUAAUUACCUGGUGGGGGGUGAAUGUGCCAAUGUGAGCUCCAUCAAUGACAAGAACGACUGGAAAACGGUCAAAAACGCCCUCUCAGUCAUCCACUUUGAUGAGAGUGACAUUGAGCACCUGUUUGGGGUCAUUGCGAGUGUACUGCACCUGGGGAAUGUCCAUUUUGACGGAGAUACGAAAGGCUACGCUGUCCUGAACUCCAAUGCAGAACUGCGCUGGGUAUCAAAGCUGAUUGGGGUCCAUGUUCAGGUUCUUCAGGAGGCUCUGAGCUACAGGAAGAUCGAGGCCAAGACAGAUGAGGUGAUGUGCCCCUUCAUGGUGGACCAUGCCGUCUAUGUCAGAGAUGCAUUGGCCAAAGCCAUUUAUGGACGCACCUUCACCUGGCUGGUCAACCGCAUCAACGAGUCGCUGGAGAAUCAGGACUCCACCAGAAAGACAGUCAUUGGGCUGCUUGACAUCUAUGGGUUCGAGGUCUUCUAUGUGAACAGUUUUGAGCAGUUUUGCAUUAAUUACUGCAACGAGAAGCUCCAGCAGCUGUUUAUCCAGCUCACUCUCAAGGCGGAGCAGGAGGAGUAUGAGGCUGAGGGCAUUGAGUGGGAACCAGUGCAGUUCUUCAAUAACAAGAUCAUCUGUGACCUGGUGGAGGAGAAAUACAGAGGCAUCAUCUCAGUGCUGGAUGAGGAGUGCUUGAGACCAGGUGAUGCCACCGAUCUCACAUUUCUGGAGAAACUGGAGGAGAAAAUGGGGAACCAUCCUCACUUUGUCACACACAAACUGGCUGACAAGAAGACCCGUAAGACUCUGGACCGGGGCGACUUCCGACUGCUCCAUUACGCCGGCGAGGUGACCUACUGUGUUGUGGGCUUCAUUGACAAAAACAAUGACCUAUUGUACAGGCACAUCAAAGAGGCGAUGCGGCAGUCUAAGAACUCUAUAAUACGGCAGUGUUUCUUGUGUGAUGAGGUGGACAGCAGGAGAAGGCCAGAGACGGUGGCGACUCAGUUUAAGAACAGUCUGCUGGAGCUGACGGAGAUCCUCAUGGCUAAGGAGGCCUGGUACGUGCGCUGCCUCAAGUCCAACGACAACAAGCAGUCAGGCAAGUUUGAUGAUGUCCUAGUGAGGCACCAGGUGAAGUACUUGGGCCUGAUAGAACAUCUGAGGGUUCGACGGGCUGGUUUUGCAUAUCGGAGGAGAUACGAGGAGUUUCUGAAGAGGUACAAGCCUUUGUGUCCUGAUACGUGGCCUCACUGGCGAGGGGUGGCUGCGGACGGGGUGGAGACACUGGUGAAGCACCUGGGCUACCAGCCUGAUGAGUACAAAAUGGGCAGGACAAAGAUAUUCAUUCGCUAUGCCAGGACGCUGUUCGCCACCGAGGACGCCUUUGAGAUCUGUAAACAUGAGUUGGCUACGAGGAUACAAGCCAAGUACAAGGGCUAUCGAGCUAAAGGAGAGUUUAAAAAGCAGAAGGAAGCAGCUACUAAAAUCGAGACGUGCUGGAGAGGAGUUCAGGCUCGGAAGGAGAGAGAGAGGCGAGCCUGGGCCGUCAAAGUCAUCAAAAAAUUUAUUAAAGGGUAUAUGACGCGAGGUCAGGCGAAAACUACCGACAACUCUGAAUACCUGGCCUUCGUCAGACAGAGCUACCUCAACAGGCUGAAAGGCAAUCUACCCAAGACGGUUUUAGACAAAACGACGUGGCUCACCCCUCCACCAGUGAUGAAAGAGACGUCGGAGAUUCUGAGGCAGCUGCAUUCGCGGUGGUUGGUGAGGAAGUACGUACGAGGCAUCACACCCCAGAAGAAAGCUCAGAUGCAGAUGAAGGUCAUCACCAGUGCCAUCUUUAAGGGGAAGAAGGACAGCUACCCUCAGAGUGUCGCUGUGCCUUUCCAGGACACCAGAAUCAGUGAGCAGGACAUUAACGUGCGCGUCCUGCAGACGAUACGCCACGAGCGCAUCAAGUACAGUGUUCCUGUGGUGAAGUAUGAUCGGAACGGGUUUAAGCCUAGACCAAGGCAGCUGAUCCUGACCCAGUCUGCAGCCUAUCUUGUAGAAGAGGCCAAGAUCAAACAGAGAGCGGACUACGUCUCACUCAAAGGUGUUUCUGUCAGUAAUCUGGGCGACACUAUGAUGAUCCUCCACGUCGCUAAUGAUGACCACAAACAAAAGGGGGACCUCCUGCUCCAGUGUGACCACCUCUAUGAGUUUUUGACCAAACUGAGCGUUCUCGCAAACAAGCAGAACGCCAUCAAAGUGCUUCAGGGAAGUAUAAAGUUUGAAAUCCAGGGAGGAAAGGAGAACUUUGUGGACUUCAGCACUGGGCAGGAACCCCUGGUGUACAAGGGCAAGAACGGCCAUCUGACGGUGGUCACACCGCGGACGAGGACCCGAUGAACUGAGCCAGGAGGAAGAUGUGACCGCUGACCUCUCACCCACACAGAGCUGACCACCUCCACAUCCAUACCUACUCGCCUCUGAUAGGUCUUGACAGGCAAGCCUUCAGUCCAGUCAUUUCAGAUUCAAAGAAUAGUUCAGUGAUAAAAACCGAAUUUACACAAUUUCCCCUUCACAUCAA